UUGAUGCACACUGCAGACAUUCUUCCGGCAGUCGUCUUCAAACAAGCUGUACAGCGAUGAUGGCCGAGGAAUACACGUUGUAAAUAGUUAUCUGGGUUGUGGCACACACAGACAUUAAUAAUGAAGCUUAAAGAGUUAGAGAGUCAUUUACAGCAAGUGGACUCGUUUAAAAAGCCGAAAAUCCUUCUUGAGCAAUAUCCGACCAGUCCCCAUAUUGCUGCAUGCAUGCUUUAUACAAUCCAGAGCACGUUUGAUGACAUCGAGGGUAAACUAGUCGCAGAUCUGGGAUGUGGCUGCGGAGUCCUCAGCAUUGGGGCAGCGAUGCUUGAUGCAGGUUUGUGCGUCGGCUUCGACAUUGACAACGACGCACUGGACGUAUUCAGAAGCAAUGCAGAGGGAUUUGAGAUUUCUAACGUGGACCUGGUCCAAUGUGACCUUUGUUCUCUGGAGGAUGGUGCUUAUGCGAAUAAAUUUGACACUGUAAUAAUGAAUCCACCAUUUGGAACAAAACACAACCAGGGGAUAGACAUGAAGUUCUUAUCGGCCGCUUCAACCAUGGCAAAGACAGUCUAUUCACUCCAUAAGACUUCAACACGAGAGCACAUUCAAAAGAAGGCCAAUGACUGGGGAAUGAAGAUGGAGGUAAUAGCAGAACUGAGAUACGACUUGCCAGCAUCUUACAAGUUCCACAAAAAGAAGACGGUUGACAUCCAGGUGGACUUCAUACGAUUCUCCAAAGCCUGAAACUUCACUGGAAUGGAUUCAAGUGGCCUCUGCAUUUUCACCGUUAAUAAAUCUUUUCACAAAAA